AGAUCAAAAGUUUUAUGACUCCAGAUGUUUUUUUUUGGAUUUUAGAAAAUUUGUUUUAAAAUUCAGUUCCAAUCUUUCCGGUAAGACAAGAUGAUCGCAGUUGUUAUCCUUGGUUUAAUGAUUCUUGGAGUCGAGAGCUCUAAUACUUUAGAAUCCAACUCCUCUUCAGAUUCAGCUGAAAGUAUUGAUUCUAUUUUACGAGUGAAAAGAGCCAUGGGUCUUAAUAUGAAAUUUGCCCAGGAGGUUUUAGAUGAGCAUAACAAGUACAGGAAACUACAUGGAGUUCCACCACUUAAACUUACGGAGACGAUGAUGCUACGUGCUCAUUUUUCUGUAGGAGAAGUAUCCAACCUCAGACCUAGUGGUACUUUUUAUGGAGAAAAUGUGUAUAAAGGAGAGGGACCACUGUCAGCUAAACAAGUUGUGGAGAGUUGGUACAAUGGAAUACAAUAUUAUAAAAACUUUUUUGGAGGCGAGCCAAAAGAAGUAUCAAAAGAUGAAAAAAAGAAAAUAGGUCAGUUUGCUCAGAUCAUUUGGAAGAAAACUACUGAGCUAGGUGUUGGUGUAACGCAAAAGAAUGGACAAUGGUUCGUAGUUACAGCAUAUAAUCCAAGAGGAUUGAGUUAUGGAAGUUACAAAGAAAAUGUUCUGAGGCCAAAAGCUUGAAAAAUUGUGUAUUUUACUGAAAAAUGUAUAACUGGCAUUAAUAAACUGCUAUUUUUCAAAGUCUAUAAAU